UUGGGGGUGGGAGGGGAGGGUAGGAGGAGGCGCUGCUGACAACAAUGGCGGAGAGAAACCUCGGCUCCCAACUCGAUUUGGCCUGGGUAUCGAAAGUUAGUGUGAAUCAGCCUGCUGUUGUGAGACGUGCAGAGCAAAUUCAGACGAGACGCCCUGUGAGUAAAGACUGGCAAGCUGCAUGGCUGCUGAAGGCUGUCACCUGUAUCGACCUCACAACACUAUCUGGUGAUGACACUCCUUCAAAUGUCUAUAGACUGUGUUACAAAGCCAAGCAUCCGAUCAGAGAUGAUCUUUUGAAGAGUCUGAACAUGCACAACAAAGGUAUUACUACCGGUGCAGUGUGUGUUUACCCCGCUCGAAUAUGUGAUGCAGUAAAAGCAUUGAAAGCUGCACAAUGCGAUAUCCCUGUUGCCUCAGUGGCAACUGGUUUCCCUGCUGGACAGACACCACUGAAAACGCGGUUGGAAGAGAUAAAAAUGGCCGUGGAAGAUGGUGCUCGAGAAAUUGACAUCGUAAUUAACAGAACCUUGGUGCUGACAGGACAGUGGGAAGCCUUGUAUAAUGAGAUCCAUCAAUGUCGUGCAGCCUGUGGAGAUGCUCACAUGAAGACCAUAUUAGGAACUGGAGAGUUGGGAUCAUUGACAAAUGUAUACAAGACCAGUCUUGUAGCCAUGAUGGCAGGUUCUGAUUUUAUUAAGACCUCCACAGGAAAAGAAAAUGUCAAUGCCACCUUUCCUGUUGCCCUGGUAAUGGUACGGGCCAUCAGAGACUACUAUAGGAAGACUGGCUACAAGGUUGGGUUUAAGCCAGCAGGUGGCAUCCGCACUGCAAAGGACUCACUCAACUGGCUCUCUUUGAUCAAAGAAGAGCUGGGCAAUGAUUGGUUAAGCCCACAACUGUUCCGACUGGGGGCUAGUACCUUACUGAGCGACAUUGAAAGACAGAUCUACCAUCAUGUGACGGGACGCUAUGCAGCAUCUCAUGAAUUGCCAAUGGCUUAGAAAGACCCACAACAAAAGUACACCUGCUUGACCUUCAGGAAGUGGUCCAUGAGCAUUGUUCUCCAAGCAAUCUGCUGCCCCAAACAUUAAUAUCUGGUACGAAGAUUGGUAUUGAUCUUGGUUUCAAUUUUCUAUCUAAAAGUUGUCAUUUUCUCACAUUCUGUUUUCUCUUUAUAAGCACUUGCUAAUUUGCUAAUACGCCAAAUUAUGUUCUGAAUCUUCUAGCCUUUUAUAAAACAAAAUCCAAUCCAAUGAAAAUCUGGGUAUGAGGAUUUUCAUAAGUUUAAUCAUUUAUAUUUUUUCAUUAUUGCAAUCUUGUAAUUCACAAUGCUAAGUGUUGUGCUGGACUGAAUAAGCUCUUGUAGAGCUAUCCUAUGUAUUAAUUAUAACAAAAAUAUAUUUUGCAAAUGAUUCAUUUGAAUAAAAUAGAUUCAAAGUU